UCUCUCCCUCUCUCUUCUCUCUCUCAAAUUCAAUUUCCAUAUUGCUCAAAUUCAACUUCCAUAUAUUCUUUCUUCUUUCCUCCUGCAUUCUUUUUUUUUUUUUACCGUUGCCAAGAUGGCCAGGACAGGACAGGGAUGAUGAAAUCCUCUCCAAAACCCGCCCCCCCUCUCCCCACCCCGUCAAGUUGCAGAAAAAGACAAUACUUUUAUAUAUUGCUUUCCAGCUAUAGUCCCUCCAUUUUCUUUACCAAUUUCAUUGCUACCUGCUUCUUCCUCAAUCCCCCACCUCUCUCUCUCUCUCUCUCUCUCUCUCUCUCUCCCUCCCUCCCUUUCCCUCUCUCUCUUUCUCUCUCUCUCUGCAUUUACUUACCUUUACAUCUUCUUCUUGAAAUUUGGUGGACUGAAAAUUUUUCAUGGUACUGGGUAUUUAAGUUGGAAUUCCUUUUCCCUUUUGGGUUAGUGGACGAAAUCCUGAAUUCCCCACGUCUGCAUUGUGGUGCAACGAUGUCGCUGUCGCCAGCAUCGAUGCGCCGACUGUUGGCAUUGGCGAUUUAGUGAUGUUGAGCCCCUGAGGAGCAGGACUACCGCUGUAGCAUGAGUUUGGUUUCCGAGUGUGGGAGCGAUGGAGCAGACUUCCUCGAAUGCCGGCGCAUAGAUCGAUCGUCUGCGUCAGAUCUGUCUUCCUUAUUCGAGGGCAAGCAGUCACUAGGUUCAAUGUGCUGGAGUGCAUAUAUUCUUAUGCAUUGAAAUAGAACCCAUACCAAAUGUCAAGGCCACUUGCAGCAAUAAUCGGAGGUGCUGCAGGGGCCCUGGCAUUGGUUGGGAUUACAGUUGCAGUCAUUUGGUACUAUCUAUUUCAUAAAAGAAAUAAUUCGAGAACUUCAGAAAGCAGUUCUUCAGAGCCAUCCGCUCAAGAUGUUGGAAGAAGUACGAGUGAGUUAUCCUUGAUUGGUGGUACCCUAUCAUCUGCUUCAAGAGAAGCAAGGCACUUUUCAUUACGGGAGUUGGAGUUAGCUACAAAGAAUUUUAGUGACAUCAACCUUAUAGGUCAAGGAAGCUUUGGCCUGGUGUAUAAAGGUUUACUUCAGGAUGGGAUGGUUGUAGCAAUAAAAAAGCGCCAUGGUGCUCCCAGGCAGGAAUUUGUUGAAGAGGUUCGAUUUUUAUCGUCUAUACGGCACCGGAAUCUUGUUACUCUUCAUGGUUACUGCCAGGAAAAUGAUCAGCAAAUGCUUAUCUAUGAGCAUGUCCCAAAUGGCAGUGUCUCCAAUCAUAUAUAUGGUCAGUAUUCAACGACAAAGCUAGAGUUCAAAAAUAGACUUCUGAUAGCCAUUGGAGCAGCCAAAGGUUUGGCUCAUUUGCAUUCUCUGGCACCACCCCUGUUACAUAAGGACUUCAAAACUGCAAAUGUGCUUGUUGAUGAAAACUUCAUAGCUAAGGUUGCUGAUGCAGGUCUCAGGAAUUUGCUUGAGAGAAUCAUUAACGCAGGAACAUCUUCUCAAAUGAUGGGCACCGUUGUUUUCCUCGAUCCAGAGUUCAGGGAAUCAGGCAGGUUCUCAGAAAAGAGUGAUGUAUAUAGUUUUGGAGUGUUUCUACUUGAAUUGGUGAGUGGAUGUUCAGCAGAGUCUGAUGAAAGCAUGAUUAAAUGGGCCCAAAAUCGCCCAGAUUUGAGUGAUGCUGCAUCUAUCAUUGAUGAGAAAUUAGUUAGCAGUUUCACCAGCGAAGGAAUGAAGAGGUUCAUAGGUCUGGCAGUCUGGUGUAUCCAUUCAUCUGGACAGAGACGACCAACAAUGAACACAGUUGUGUUAGAACUGGAACGGAUUCAUGAAAGGGAAAUCAGCAUGACUACAAUUGUAGGUGAAGGCACUCCAACCGUCACCCUUGCAAGCCAGUUAUUUACAGCAUAAGGGUGAGUACAUUGUCAUUCUUUGUUACAUUUUCAAAUGUACAAAGCUAUGGUUUGUAUGUAAUCUUUUCUAAAUGGCGGCUGUCAGUUGCUUGGCAAGUGUAUAAAAAGAGCAGCUGUUCUAUUCUUGGUUAUUUGUUAUCUCUGUUCUUUUAUGUGAAAAUCGUUGUGUACAAUAAUAUUUGAUGGCAAUAUUAAUGAAUCUUGGUUGUGCAGCGUGAACUUUAUCACGCUACAAGAUCAGUUGCCUGUUCUUGCUA